AUAUUUUUUUGGUGUCAUUAUCUUUGACUGUAAUGAGUAGGAAUUUUUAGGACUUUUCUUGUUUCUAAUGUUUUAUUUCUUAACGGUUUUUUUUCCUAAGAAAUUUAAGUUUUUUAUAUGGUUUUAUAUAGGUAGUACUACAAUUUAUAUAUAUAUUUGUGUUCAUGUACUAUUAGUGAAUGUUUUUGUAACGUACUUUUUCAUGUCAAAGUGUCAUGUCGUACUUUAAAGUUUGUGGUUGGUGCAGGUAUUGUGUUGUGUUUUUAUUCCAGUUUUGAAGUGAGGUUAAACACGUGUUUUGUGGCUGUGAUUAAAAAUUCGGAUAUAAUUGUGUUUUAUUUCAAAAGCCCCAGUAAUGAUUAAUAAUAUUUGGCGGAAAACAAACGUUAAAAGUAGUAAUGUGGAUAAAGUUUGGGCUGAUAGUUAAGACUUAUACUUCAUUAACAUGCCGUAGGUGGUCUGUAACAGCCGCAUGUGUUUUAUGCUUAGUAAUAUUGUCAAUUGUUGUGACUUUGUCUGUACCUUUGCGGUCGUUAACUGGCACCGAAGCAUUCGUUACUUCAUCAGCGCUUCGAAAUGAACCAAAAUCUCCGUACUCAGAAACAGUUCGUUCCAAACGGGUGAACAAUUUGAACAAUAUUGAUAAAGAGUAUGGAAACGAAAAGAAAUGGAACGACCCCAGGACUACCUUGGAAACAAUUUUUAAUAAAGCUGACACUGAUGGCGAUGGGUUCCUCAGCGUGCAAGAACUUGCCAACUGGAUCAACAAUAAAGUCCAGGAGCACAUAACUCAGGCAUUGCAAGAAAAUUUUGGUCUGUUUACAGCAAUUGACAUCCAACCUAGGAAUGGCGUCGUGUCCUGGAGUGAGUACCACGCACACUUCCUCAAGCAGCGGGGCUUCAGCCACGAGUACAUCCACAAACACAAGUCACACAGAACUCUCACGCGUUCCAUGAAAGAGGCCAUCAUGCGGGACCGGGCGUCCUGGUCGGAGGCGGCCCGCAGCGACCCCGACCACCUGACCCUGGACGAGUUCCUGGCGUUCCGGCACCCCGAGUCGAGCCACGCCGCCGUCCUGGCGCUGGUGGACGAGCUGCUCGACAAGUUGGAACAUGACCCAGUAAGUGUGACUAUAUUGCUGCUGCUCCCACUGCGCGGAGGGCACGAGGCACGGCCCGUGACGGCUCACCGUGUCGCAGCGGCGGGCCAGGGAGUCGGUGGACCUGGAACAGAUCGCGAUGGGGAUGAGGUACUGACGGAAGAGGAGUUCUCCAGUCUGCAGGCGGAAGGGGACGGCGAGAAGGAGGGUGAGACGCUGAUGCAAGGGAAAGAAGAACGUCGUAAAGAAUUCAAGGAAGUGAUCGAUAGAGACAAGAAUGGCAAAGCAGAUAGGACAGAGCUAUUGAGGUACAUGGACCCGAAGAACCCGCGGCACGCGCGCGAGGAGGCGCGCUCGCUGCUGGCGCUGGCCGACACGGACAGCGACGCUCGCCUCUCUCUGCCCGAGAUCCUCAGCAAGACGGACCUGUUCCUGGCCAGCAAGAUGGUCGACACCGCGCGCAGCUUCCACGAUGAAUUCUGAUAUCAGUUUAUUUAUUUUACAAUUGUUAUGGUUGUGGCUUGGUUCUUAAAUGUAAAUGUUGGUUCAAUAUUUUGUGAUGCAACUGUAAGUACGCAGUCCAAAUUAGUUUCCAUGCUCUAGACAUUGCUUAAAUUUUCGUAAUUAAUAUUACCUACUUACGAUGUUUCUGAAGAAAAAAAUUAGACUUAAUUAGGAGAAAAUUGUCUUAAAAGUGAAAAUAAAUAAUAUAUGGUUUUCUUGUGUUAAAUAAUCACGAUGUUCGGAAAAUAAACAGUACUAACUCUA